AUGGAUUAUGCCUCCAUUCCGACACCAGCUUCGUGCUAUGCCGACUUUUGUUUGAUCCCCAUUGGCACAAACACCGUCUCUGUGGCAGAGGAAAUCGCCCAGGUUCAGCGGGUGCUCAAAGCAAGUGGUCUGAAAUACACGAUGCACUCUGCUGGGACAACUGUUGAGGGUAACUGGGAGGAGGUCAUGACGGUGAUUGGCAAAGCGCACUCGGCAGUUCAUGAAAAGGGCGUUGUGAGGGUUCAGUCCUCGAUGAGAGUUGGAUCCAGGACGGAUAAGAAGCAGACCGCAGAGGAUAAGGUCAAGAGAGUCGAAGAUUUGCUGGGCGCAGACACUAAAUGA